GUAGCAGUGUCCAAAGAGCAAACAAGCUGCACGAUGUGCAAUGAGUGCCCCAACCCAUGCCCCGCGCCAUCUCUACCUCCACCAUCGCCGCCACCACCAGUUAUCAUUGAAUGCCCACCACCUCCUGCGACUCCUCCUUCACCACCACCAUUGCCACCACCACCAGUUAUCAUUGAAUGCCCACCACCUCCUGCGGCUCCUUCAUCACCACCACCAGCUCUCCCUGAAUGUCCACCACCACCUCAACCUCAACCACCACCACCUGUGCGGCCUCCGUGUCAAGACACUUGCGGAUCCUCCUCCUCUCCUCCCGCGGCAGGUGUUCCCUCAUUAAUCCCGAAUCGCCCUCCAUUUGCGCCCUCUAUAGGACCACCAAGCCUUUAUCCUGUGAAUCCUUACAGUCCCCCGCCACCUUAUUUUUCUAAAUCGGUUCAUUUGAGAAUGCACUUCCACCCUCAUAGUCUUACUUCCAUAUUUGUCUUGUUCACUUUUCUUUGCUUCUUCUUCUUUUAAUUGUCAAGUAAUUACGUACAAAUAACUGUCAAGUAGCUAGCUAGAUAUAUAUAUAUGUAUGUAUCUAGCCAGUAUAUGUGACAAUAUAUGUCCCUCUCUUAUUUCUCUAUGUAUUGAUCUUUUACAAUUCUUUAAUUUGGAAAAUCAUCUCUAGCUCUAGCUAGUAUUAGUAUUACUUGAUAUUUAUCAUGCAUGCACGGCUGCGAACCAGGCCGGUUGACCCUCUAAUUGACUAGCUAGGACGCAUGCAUGUAAUAUAAUGUAAUGUAUAGUGUAUAUUGCCCCGGACGCGUGUUCUCUCGUUCAUUAAUGAUGCGAGCUUCCAAGCUAGCUACUGGAAAAAAGAAAAAGAAGAGAAAGCAAGCCAUUUGCAUGUAAUAUGAUUUUCCACUUUUGAAUUCUUAUAGUUAAUAUUUCUAUUUCGUGUAACUCUUUCACUUACUGACUUCAUCCUUAUAUAGUUGGUGAAUGCCUGUUAUUAAUC